AUGUGGGAAGACGCAUCUGAUACUAUCUCUGAAGAUACAUUCAUGCUAUGGAUUUUGUGCAAAUUAUACUCUCCGGACUCAAUUUUAACAUCCCUGUCUCUUGUCUUAGGUGUUGAUCCAACUUUAAUCAACAAGAUUCAAGAUCCAUUUUUUCUCGACCAACUCAAACGUACAAGGACAUCUCGAGCACGGUUAGGUUGUUUUGACUGUGGUCGGGUGCAUGGGUUCGGGAAUCUGAUGGGGCCUACAACAGUGGCUGCAAAGAUGUCUCUCAUACCUUUGCUAAUAGAUUCUGGGUUGUACUUGGAUCAACUGGGCAUGGCAACAACAACAUUCAAUCACAAGGUUUUUUGCACACAAGCUUUAAUUGGUUUCAGUACAUCACUCAUUCAUAAUCCUGAUUAUUACGGGCAAAGUCGCAGGCCCGACCUGCUUGACCCGUCGUCGGUCACGGCCGGCCAGGGCGGGUCCAUGGGUCAGAAAGAUGGUGGUUAA